AUGAUCACAGACGUGCAGCUCGCCAUCUUCGCCAACAUGCUGGGUAUGUUGCUUUUCUUGCUUGUGUCUCUCUAUUACCACGUGGCAGUCAACAAUCCCAAGAAGCAGGAAUGA